GAUAUGUCCUCAGCACCAACUACUCCUCCAUCAGUGGAUAAAGUAGACGGAUUUUCUCGGAAGUCCGUCAGAAAAGCCAGACAGAAGAGGUCACAAAGCUCCUCCCAGUUUAGGUCUCAGGGCAAGCCUAUUGAGUUAACACCCCUGCCUCUGCUAAAAGACGUUCCAUCUUCAGAGCAGCCUGAACUGUUCCUAAAGAAACUUCAACAGUGCUGUGUUAUUUUUGACUUCAUGGACACGCUUUCAGACCUUAAAAUGAAAGAAUACAAGCGCUCCACUCUUAAUGAACUGGUGGACUACAUUACAAUAAGCAGAGGCUGUUUGACAGAGCAGACUUACCCUGAAGUAGUUAGAAUGGUAUCUUGCAAUAUCUUCAGAACUCUCCCACCUAGUGACAGCAAUGAAUUUGAUCCAGAAGAAGAUGAGCCCACCUUGGAGGCAUCAUGGCCACAUUUACAGCUUGUAUAUGAGUUUUUCAUACGAUUUUUGGAAAGCCAAGAAUUUCAGCCCAGCAUUGCCAAAAAGUACAUAGAUCAGAAAUUUGUAUUGCAGCUGUUGGAGCUGUUUGACAGCGAAGACCCUCGAGAACGGGACUACCUAAAAACAGUCUUGCACAGAAUUUAUGGCAAGUUUCUGGGUCUUAGAGCAUUUAUCCGAAAACAGAUUAAUAAUAUUUUUCUACGAUUUGUUUAUGAAACUGAACACUUCAAUGGCGUAGCUGAACUGUUGGAAAUUUUAGGAAGUAUUAUCAAUGGUUUUGCUUUACCUCUUAAGGCAGAGCAUAAACAGUUUCUGGUGAAGGUGCUGAUUCCUUUACAUACUGUCAGGAGUUUAUCACUCUUCCAUGCACAGCUGGCGUAUUGCAUAGUACAGUUUCUGGAGAAAGACCCCUCACUCACAGAACCAGUCAUUAGAGGUUUAAUGAAAUUCUGGCCAAAAACCUGCAGUCAGAAAGAGGUCAUGUUCCUAGGAGAGCUGGAGGAAAUCUUGGAUGUAAUCGAACCGUCACAAUUUGUCAAAAUCCAGGAACCCUUGUUUAAACAAAUUGCCAAGUGUGUCUCUAGCCCUCAUUUUCAGGUGGCCGAAAGAGCGCUGUAUUAUUGGAAUAACGAAUACAUCAUGAGUUUGAUAGAGGAGAAUUCAAAUGUUAUACUUCCCAUCAUGUUUUCCAGCCUUUACAGGAUUUCUAAAGAACACUGGAAUCCGGCUAUUGUGGCUUUAGUCUACAAUGUGUUGAAGGCAUUUAUGGAAAUGAACAGCACCAUGUUUGACGAGCUGACAGCCACUUACAAGUCAGAUCGUCAGCGUGAGAAGAAGAAAGAGAAAGAGCGUGAAGAACUGUGGAAAAAACUGGAGGAUUUGGAAUUAAAGAGAGGUCUUAGACGUGAUGGAAUAAUUCCAACUUAACAAAAAAACAAAACAGCAUUAUUAACCUGUGGAGUCACACAUUUAUGUAGUAGAAGAUGGAGCAACAGUUUUCUGUAUUGUGCAACUUUACAGUAGAUUUCACAUUUGUUUCAUUAUUACAACAGCACUGUAUAUACCUGUCUCUAAGUAAAGGAAAAAAAUAAGGACUUUAAUCCAAAGUUUGGACAGCAGAUGGACUUCGCAGAACUUUGCAAACAUAAUCAUUGUUUUAACCCUUCUUUAAAACCAGUCUUCAAAGAUCUGUUGAUGAAAAUUGCAAUGUCAAAUUCCAUUGUCAGGACCUGUUCCUUAUUUAUCGUUAGCAGAGAGUAUAAUACAACUUUCAAAUGUGAACAAUCUUAAAAUUUAGCUUGUCUUUCUGCUAAACUGUUAAGUGUAUUUAUAGUAAAAGAGAAAAAAGACUGUCAUUUCCUUAUGAGUUUGUGUAACAUCCUCCUUCUCUGGAUAACUUUACUGUAAUUUGACUUUUUUUCCUUUUGCACAUCUUCAUAAGUUGAAUGUCCAUUCACAUCAGGGCCAUGAAGAACAUAGGUCCUGAAUAAAAGUUUUGUUUACUGGUGUGAGCAUUUUUUUAGUACCAGGCUGUCCCUGGUGCUUCCUUAAUUUGAACAUUAGGAGUUAAAAAACAAGUAGGUGAUAAACAUAGUAGGAAAGGGAGCUUUGGAUUCACGCACCUAUUUAUUGCAAAUCCAAAUUAGUGUCCACAAUCCUUUAAAAAUGUGCAGUGGUAACACCCUGGACUUCAGUACCUAACCAGUAUUAGUGAUAAUGGCAUUGGACACACAUACCAGAGUUGUUUUAGAAAUACUAAUUGCUAAAUUAUUACAGUAUGUUUUUAUUGGACCAUUUUGAAAGAAUAAAGACAAACGCUAAACAGUGCAAGCAUGAAAUUGAUCUCCAGGGGUCCUGGAUCUAAUUGGAAGUUGAGUUGAGAUAGCAGUUUGGACUGUUUGGAGUUGUUGCCUUACUUUUUAAUAUGUAUUUAUAAAGUGUUCCAGCAAAAGAGGAUGUAGCCUCUAAGAAACAUACUAUAGUGUUUUUGUGGUUCUAGUACUAUUACUCAUCACAGUACCAGCCCUAUGGUCUUAGCUGGAAAGGAUUCUGGAUAAUAUACUUCUGCAUUCUCAUCUGGAUGCUCAUUCCUAACUACUGUAUUUGUUACCAAAAGAGGUUCUACAAAUGCUACUGAAAAAAAAUUCUGGAAAUCCUAAUGUUCUGAGUAUUAAUAAUAAAGUUUAAAAUGCUUUUAUAUCAAA